AGAAAGAGCAAGAGAGAGAGAGAGCAAGAAAGAGGGAGACAGGGGGAGGGAGAAACAGAGAGAGGACUGCCAGAGAGUCUAAAGGAUUAUUCAUGAGAUAAAGGAAUUUUGAGAAAGCAAGUGAAUGAGUGCUAGACCGAGUCUGCCAGUGAGUUGAGGAAAGAGAGGGAGAUAGACAGGCACAGCCAUAGGCAGAAGCACCUCUCAUGAGUUAGAGCUGCUUCUCCUCAGAGUGACAGUGACAGUGGGAGGAAAAGAGAGUAGAGGAGUGGGAAGCACAGCUGGCCACGGAGCACACACAGAUGGGGGAGAGUGUCCUUGCCUGGGCUUUGCUCUUCUGCAUGGGCACACAGGUCUCGAGCCAGCAAUGUGGGGGGGCGUGCCAGUGCCCACCUGUGGUGCCAGCCUGCUCUGUGGGGGUACCCCUGAUCUGGGACAGCUGCCAGUGCUGCCAGGUGUGUGCCCGGCAGCGUGGCGAAGCCUGCAGCGAUGGCAACCCCUGCGACACCCAGAAAAGACUGGCAUGCGACUACAGUGCCAGCUUCCCCGGUGACCCAGGGGAGUGUGUGAAUGAGAAGGAGCUGGGCUGUGAGAUGAACGGUGUGCAGUACUCCGAGGGUCAGGUGUUCCAGCCAUCCUGUGCCAUUCAGUGCCGCUGUGAGGGGGGAGGGGUGACCUGUGUGUCCCUGUGCCCGGAGGAUGUGCGUCUGCCCAGCCCCGACUGCCCCCACCCCCAGCGCAGACAGAUACAGGGCUCUUGCUGCCAACAGUGGAUGUGUGAGAACAUGGACAACAACAUUCCACAGGAGGCAAACGCAGCAUCAAGCAUGGCGUGGGGCGUCCUCCCUGGACCCCCUCUCCUCCCCUCGUCUGGCUGUAAGGAGCACAGCACCGAGUGGAGCGCCUGCUCACGCUCCUGUGGACCUGGCUUCUCCACACGCCUCACCAAUCAGAACGCAGCCUGCUAUCUGGAGAGGCAGACACGCCUCUGCACAGUCCGCCCCUGCCACCUCCGUCCCCCACGUGGCCCAGCGUCCCGGCGGAGGUGCCAGCCAAGUGUGCGUGCGACAGUGCCCUUGCGUCUGAGGCACCGUCGCUGCGUUAGCACCCGCGUCUUCCAGCCCCUCUACUGCGCCCGGUGCUCCGACGGGCGCUGCUGCACCCCACACCACACGGGCACCGUGCCCGUCACCUUCCGGUGCCCAAACGGGUCGCUGCUGCGUCUCAGCGUCAUGACAAUCAAGUCCUGCGCUUGCCACCAUCACUGUCCACAGGCACCCACCCGCAGGCAACCACACAGGAGCCCUGCCUACUGGGGGUAGAGCACCACCCCACCUCCUAGACACCCCACCACACCGGGGUGGUGGCAAACAGGGACGAUGCCAGGUGGUGUGAUAGUGAGAUGUGACUGGCUAUGAGGAAAGGGUGUGUUGAAUGUAAAUUCCCAGGUUGGGGACAUCAUUAUCCACUAACUGUGGCCCUCGCAUAGUCAAAACAAUGUAACUGGAAUCAUCCAUUGUGCAUGGAUAAGAGCUGCUGUGUAUCCUGACAUUUACCAGCUUCGGAGAGCUGAGAGGAGAGAAAAGACCCCAACAGCAGACUCUUUAUCCCUCCUUAUCGGGCCAGAGAAACAUGUUCAGACCUGAGAUUUCUUGCUGAUCCAUGAAGCCAUGCAGUGGUGCCAAACCUGACUGUUUGCUUUAUUACACUUGUUUUUCAGACAACAUUUCUGUAGGAGGCUUAUCAUCUGGACACAUAAAAAGACCAUUAAAGGUUUUCAGUGCGAGCCUACUAAAUACCCGAUAACCCAUGAUGUGCAUUGCACUAAUUUGCACUGUAUGAAUGAGGUAUGUUUAAAUUAUUUCAAAGAAAUCUUUAGUUACUUACCUUCAAAACAUUUUAUAAUACAGUAGACCAGUCGUUCUCAAAGUGUGGUCCGCCAGUGCCCCGUAAUGGUCCGCGACGGCCAAAAGUAAAUUAUUGCGACAUUUCUAACAUACAACU